CCCCGUAACCCGAAAUUAAUAAUAUGGAGACUCGGUCGGUUGUUUAAGUAACUAUAAAUACAUAACGCCUUCUUUGUCCUGUUUCCUUCUCCAAGUUUCUUCAUUGCAUUCAUUUCUCAUUACGUCUUACCUUUUUCUGCACGCUUCUGAAUUUCCUGUCAAAUUUACAGUUUCUUAUUUCAAGUUUAUGAUUUCAUUAGAGAUGUAUAGUUUACAGAUUUCUUGCUUUUGAAUUUCUCCUUGCAUCUUUCGUUUUCUUUUUAGAUAGUUGUUCUUGUCGGUUCUCUCUGUAAUUAAACUAUAAAGUCUCUGUUGGUUUUUUUGAUCGCUUAAAAAUGAAUUAUAGCGUUUUAGCCUCUAACAGUCUAACGAAAAACACAUUAGAUAGCCGGUUAACCCAACAAACAUAUACAAGGAAUUCGGGUUUAGAUACUACAUAUGAUGAAGACGAUGAUUCGAUCAUUUCUGAUUGUGAAAGUGCCAAUUCUCGUCCCGCUUUUGAUCCAAGUCCAUCGCUUGGUGAGGGGUUGAUUAGCUUGCAUGAAGGAGACAAAGUUUAUGAUAUUAUAAAACGAAGAUUGAUUUUGGGUUUGGGUGCGCUCGGGAGACAAACUGAGUUAGUGGCCAUUCAAAGAAACUCGUUUCCUGGGUUUACAGGACAAGCUAGGAUCCAGUCGUUUCAGAUUUUCGCCAAAGCAUUGGCUACAAAAUGUGGCGGUGAUGCAAAUGUGAAAUACGCUUGGUACUCAAGUACAAAGGAUGAGAUUUGCAAGAUUACACAGCAUGGUUUUGGCUGCUAUGGGAAGCCUAAUAACAAUGGAUUGUACGGUAGCGGCAUCUAUCUCUUUCCUGAUGAUUCACCUAUGGAAUGUCUGAAGAACUCUGAUGUUGAUAAAGAUGGAGUACGAUAUAUGUUGUUGUGCCGGGUUAUGUUGGGCAAGGUAGAGGCUGUGCAUCCUGGUUCUGAUCAGUCUCAUCCGAGUUCAACGGAGUUUGAUUCUGGCGUGGACAACUUAAAGGUGCCAAAGAGGUAUAUUGUCUGGACCAGCAACAUGAACACUCAUAUCUUGCCAGAGUAUAUCAUAAGUUUAAAAGCUCCCUCUUCCUUGAAGGGUUUUGGGAGAGCUGGGGAAUCAUUGAGAAUGCCGACUUCACCUUGGAUGCCAUUUCCAAUUCUCAUUUCUGCACUGUCAAAGUUUUUACCUGCACCCACUAUUGCUCUGAUCAGCAAACAACAUAGAGAUCAUAGAGAAAAUAAGAUAUCGCGGCGUGAACUCAUACAACGAGUGAGACAAAUUGCUGGAGAUCAGUUGUUGAUUGCGGUCAUCAAAUCUUAUCGGGCUAAGAGACUCUGAAUACAGGCAUGGACUUCAAUGGACACUGGCCAACAGGAACUGGGAACUUUUCUACUGAAAUAUUCAGAAUUCUGGCCGUUUAGACAUCACGAUUGACAUGAGGAAGAACCAGCGCACUUGAAACUGAAAUGUGAGAUAUCUAUCAAGUAACAAAUGCCAACAGAUGUGAAGAGGGGGUUUAGAUGUUACCUAGCUGUAAGGUAGUGAGUUGUGUUUCAAGUUAUGUAGUUGCAUUUUUCUAAUAACAUUGCGCAGUUCGUUGUUCAA